AUGGACGAAAGACGACAUUUGAAAUAUAUUGAAGUUAGAUAUUCUAAUGAGAAAGGUCUUGAAAGUCUUGAUCAUCAAAAUGUAGACAUCUAUUCGAUUAACGUAAAGGCAGUGGUCGAGAAUAAAUUUGAAAAUAAAAAUACGUUGUUGGAGAUCAAGGAUCAAUUAAGAGU